AUGCUAAACUUCAAACAGAGUCAACAUCGGCAUCGGAAGCACGCUCGUGACCCUCAGAUCACCUCCAACGCGAGCAAGUUUUGCACAUGUUCGCCGAAUGAGCUAGGUUGUGCUCACCAUCGUCCAGAAGGCCUGCCGAAUGCGACCGAAGCAAGACGUGGCUCGCUCUGUUGGCCAGUUUGGAGAGAACCUAAACAGGAUGGCCUGGCAUUGGAAUGGGCAGCACGAGCUCUCCAAUCAGACAAGGAGGUGGUGCUGGCUGCUGUGAAGAAAGGUGCGUUCGCCCUGCAGUUCGCCAGCCCUUCCUUGCUCCGUGACCGCCUCUUCGUGUUGGCAGCUGUGCAGUGCAACGGCUAUGCCUUGGCCUGCGCUGGGAAAUUCCAAGGGGAUCGCGAAAUCGUGCAGACUGCUGUUCGCGAGGACGGCAGUGCCUUGGAAUAUGCCUCCGAUGCACUGAAACGAGACCGGGAAAUCGCAUUGACUGCGGCUCGAUGGAGUGAUGCAGCACUGGAGUACGUCGCUGAGUCUUUGUGGCAAGACCGGAACUUUACACGCGCCGUGUUGGAGAAGAAUGACGCUGCUUGGGAGUACGCGUCGGAGAAGUUGCAGGCCGACCGCCGGUUUCUGCUAGAGGUCCUUCAACUCAAUCCAGGCAUCUUCCGCCGCCUUCAACCAGGCCAGGCUGAUGCUGAGCUGAUCCUCAAAGUCAUCAAAGCCACACCUGCAGCCUUUGAGCAUCUUCCGGCAGAGAUGCGGGACGACCAGGAGUUUCUGCUGCGAGCGUUCGCAGCAAACUGCGAGGUUGUGGAGUACGUGCCAUCAUCGGUAUUCGCGGAUAACGCCUUCUUACUUCGCGCGGUGGAGCUUGAGCCAAAGGUGCUUGCAAGCUCCUCGCGCGAAGCUCGCGGAAGCAAGGAUAUCGUCACCAAAGCUGUGCAGCGAAAUCCUGCAGCAUUGCAGCAUGCCUCAGACUCGCUCCGGAUGAGUGAAAAGUUCGUCCUCUCGCUCGUAAAGAAGGAUGCGGUUUGCCUGCAGUACUGCAGCGACGAGCUUCGAUGUCAUGAGGGCUUCAACUUGGAAGCGAUCUCGAAGAAUCCCGAAGCACGUCACUACGUUUGUGCAGAGCUCUGGCAAGACGAAGAGUUUGUGCUCGAGGCGCUGUCAAUCGAAGUUUCCGUGUUGGAACUUGUGCCUGAAAGUGUUCUUUGCAAUCGGGCCAUCGCGUUGAGGGCAGUGGAGACCACAGGGCAAGCAUUAAAAUAUUUGGAUUUGGGCUUCCGCGAUGACCGAGAAGUUGUCUUGACUGCUGUCGAAGAUGACCCGUCCGCCCUUGCAUUUGCUUCCGAGCGGCUCCGGGCAGACACUGGGCUCUUCCGUGCAUCAAUCAAAGUCGACGGCCUGGCUCUAGAACACGCGGACAGCUGCCUUCAGGACGAUCCCACUUGGGUACUCGAGGCCACGCAAGCUGGACCCAACCGUGCGGCAGCUCCAGAUUUGUGCCCAUUCCGUUUCGCUUCCAAACGCAUACGCCAGGAUCCGGACUUUGUUUGGCAAGUAGCUGCUGCAGUGGGUGCUGUGGCUCUGGCACACUCGCCUCUUCGCGGUGAAGCACAGUUCGUAUCUCGGCUGACGCAAAGGAUCCCCGAGGCCAUCCAGCACGCUGACGAGAAGUUGCUUGAUGAUCUCCCCUAUUUGCUGUCAAUCAUUCGGCAGUCCCCUGCAGUACUGAGCUUCGUGCCGGAAGAACUGCGAGCCAGCGCGUCUUUCGUACUGGCAUCGGUUCGUGGCAACGGGGCUGCCUUAGACUAUGCUCCCAGGCGCUUCCAAACGGAGCCAGAGUUCUUGCGAGCAGCUGACUCUGCUUUUCCUAGCAGGCAUCCUUUGGAUCACGAUGCCUUAGAGAAGCGAGAUAUCCCCUUGGCACGGCUAGGCGGGGCUGCCACAUUGUCGGCUUUUCAUGCUGGCAAUCGCAUUGCACAAGAAUGGGACCGACUGGAUCAUCUCAGCCCCCGCGGCUUGAGGGACGAGUGUGAAAUCCUGGGACUGCCUGGAGCUGCUUGCUUGGAGUGGUAUGGGGCCUCGUUCCUUCUGAUUCGUUUCAAGAAGGUCUGCAUUUGGCGAGAAAUGCAGCUGCAGGAACUGAAGGUGGAGAGUGACGCAAAGGGCCUGAGAAAAGCCCAGCGGCCUGUAGGACGCGCCGACUCGCACACGCACCCUCAGGGGCCCGAUCCCACUGUGAGUCUCCAUGUGGGAGCCUGCAUCUCGGUAAUCCAGGACGUCUACAGCGUCAGCAACCUGAAGCUGAAGUCUGGGCUUCAGGGCACGGUGGUCAGCAUCGACAAAGGUGGUGAUGCCAGGAUUGAUUUCAACAUCGAAACCUUCGCUGGCGGCCUGAAUGCCACGCAGUGGGUUUACAAGAAGGACUUCGACAAGCUGAGUGUGGAUAAGGACGAUGAGCUGCUGAACAGCAUGCUCAACGAACUGACAGUGGACCAGUUUGCUGGUCUUUACGAGCGCUUUGGUGUCCCUGUCCGUGAUUUGGGCUCCUUCGCGGCGGCCAACGCGGUUACCGAGCGAUGGGAUGUGUUGGCCAAAAUGAGCGCCAAUGAGCUUGCGCUGGAAUUCACCAGGCUGGUGGGCAUCGAGCCAGACGCCAAAGUCGAACUCGAGGCCCAACUUCGAAGUGCAGCGGUUUGGGAGGAGCUACCGCUGACAGCUCUUUUUCGGGAGUGUGCCCGGCGAAAGCUGGCUGGGCCCCUGGAGGCGACUUCCUUCGAACUGCAGCGAGCAGAACUUUGGGACCGCCUGCUGGGUACUCUGUGCAAGGACCUGUACUUAGCCAUCGGCCUGGACUUGAAGCUCUUGGUCACCACAAAACGAGCCGCCGAAUUAUACCGGAGGUGGCGCGAGAUUGACGAGCUGCCUGCCCCUGCCUUGCAGAAGGAGUAUGCAACCUUUGACCUGCCCAAAGUUGCAGAGAAAGAGCAAAGAACUCGAGUGAAGAAGGUUGCCUAUUGGGACGCCCUCCCGUUCAAUGCCUUGCGGGAGGAGUGUUGGAACAUGGGGAUGCGCUCGGCGUAUUUCAACUCCGCCGACUUUCAUGGUCGGCGUGAGCGUUUGAUUCGUGAGGCUAUUUGGUUUCAGUGGGCCCCCAAGACGGAGGGCCAGACGAAGAUGCCGAGCGAUGCACGGGGCUGGCAGCCGCCACCUAGAGAGCAGGCCAAGGACCAGGGACGACCGAACUGCCCCUUCGAGUACAUGCCGCCGCCACCACAACCGAUGGUUCCUACGCACAUCCGUCAACAUCUUCAGACGUUGCUGCUGCCGCCCAAUGCAAGCCUGCGGGACGUCAAGGCCGCCUACAAAAAGCUCGCGCUGAAGUAUCAUCCAGACAAGAACAGCAAGGACAUGGAGGAUCUGGUGACGCAGCGGUUCACGGAAAUCCGCUCGGCUUAUGACGAGCUGUUAUCAUACUUUGAUAUGCUCUCUUUCGAGACUCUAUCACACACGCACACAGAACAUCAUGUGCGUCCAUGGAUGUAUGGCGACGGCACCUGCACCGGCUCCUCCGCGUUUCAAAAUCCCGCAUCUCCGCCUUGGGAAAGGUACAGAAUUGGCAAGCAGCCCUGGAGGUGCUCGGACAUCUCGAGGGCCGCGUCGACUGCGGUGUCGUUGGGGCCGGCCUGGGUGCCCUGCAGCGCGGACGGGCAUGGCAGCGUGGCCGAGUUACGGAAGCCACACAGGCGACACUCACUGGCGCUUUGUUUGGAUGCUCAGAGGUGCCGAGUUGCAGAUGCCGCUGCCUUUGGGACUGCGGCCAUGACGCUGGAACAGUGCAGCCGCUGGUCCCACUCUACCCAGCUUCUUGCGACGACUUCCUUGCAAUACGUCGUUCGAGCCACCAACGCCGUAUUAGCGGCGUGCAGGGACGGCGGCUUUUCGCGAGCAAGGUCGUUGUUCGCUUCCUUGGGGGCUCGACGAACUACGCCGGAUGUCGUCACGUACAACUCCAUCAUCAGCUGCUCAACCGGCUCACGGUGGCCCUGGGCUCUGUGGUAUCUUUACAUCUUGACGACCCGAAGUGCAGCGCAGCCAACAGAGGCCACCUUCGCCAGCGCCAUCCACGCAUGCGCAACAGGUACCGCAUGGCGCCGUGCAUUGGCCUUGCUGGGGCAACUGACACCACAUUCCCUGCAGCCAACGACCGUGAUCUUCGGCGCGUGCAUCGACGCAUGCGCAAAGGCGCGGCAGUGGCAUCGGGCAGCAAUGCUCCUGCAAAUCAUGCCCUCACAGAGCUUGGUGGCCAACACACUCACGACAAACGCCUUGCUGACCGCCCUGGCCACGGGUAGCCGCUGGCAGGAGGCACUCUCUCUUUUUGAGGGGGCCGACAAGGAUGGUGGAUCAUCGCCGGCCACGUAUGGGGCCGCAUGUGCUGCGAUGGCCGCCGGUGCAGUUUGGAGGUCUGCCCUGGACCUCCUGGACCUGAUGCAUCGCCGAAGCUUUGCCAGAACAAUGCAGGUUUGGCAUUCGGCACAGACUGCAUGCUCCAACACCGGCCAAUGGACGAAGGUGCUCCAGCUCCUAGAGGAAGCAUCCUGCGAGGUGCCCUUGGACCUCGCGAACUACUUGACCGCGUUGGCUUCAGUAGAGCGAGGUGGCUGUGCCCAUCACAUUUCGUCGCUGCUGAGGCGAAUAGCAGGCCGAGGCUAUGGCCUGCUUGUCGGACGAGCAGGAGAGACACCGAGUGAUACGGAGUUUCUCUUGCAGGCCCUGGGCACCUUGCGAGAUCACUGGAAUUCUGACCUUCGCCUCAGGGCAACCUGGUUGGAGCGGCUUCGCCACGAUCAUCUAUGCAGGGUUCGUUUGCAUCGGUCUCAACCUCCGAGUCGCCAGGACCAAUCCGGGCC